CCUCGAAUCCAUUCGCCAGGCGCUCGAAGCCCGCGGUUUAUGAAAACAGCUGCGGUUCUAAGUGAAAUAGUAGCAUUAAAAUCUUCAUUUUUUUCUUAUAUAACCUGCUGGAAUCAUGUCAGAGUUGUGCUAAUACUACUGUAACGUCAACUCGGAAAAAAUUGCUCAGGACUGCCGUGGCUACCCUUGCUGUUCCAGAGCCAAACAGCACGUCGGCGUUUUCUUUGCCUCGGCAGUUUAGCAGAUGGCUAGCUAGCCAGAUAGCGCAGGGGAGGUAACGUUACCUUGUCAACUACCUAGCGUCAACUGAAACUGCUGUGUCCUUUUUCUGGAGCUGCUUGUCUCGUUAACAGCCGGGAAGCACAAGCUGCGCAGUUUCUUUCCACGAAUCGAGCCAGCUGGAUAACCAACAAUGUCGCUGUCGAGUGAGAAUCUUUUUUGGGCGAGCCAAAGCGACAGAGGUAAAGGAGACACCAUUUGUGUGGUGCCCGACCUCUCCUGCCAUCUCCUGGACGAUGACUUCGACCUGAAUAAGUCCUACCCAUGUACUCAGAGACCGCUGUACAAAAAGACCCUUUUGGCAUUGCAACGACGUUGUUAUCCUGGUUCUCUACGAGGUGAACGUCUGGAUCACUGUAGUUCUGUUGCUGCAAGAAAUUGCCAGAUCUCUAGCUUACAUUCAAGGUCCCAGGUUCCUGCUGUCUCCCUGCCACACCUGUCCACUGUAUCAGAGACAGAAGAAAGCUUGUUCAGUCAGUUGAUGUCCGGAGAUUUUAGCCUGUCAGGAUCUCUAUCCGCCCUCAGCCCAAACAAAGCCAUUGUCAUUGUUGACCAUAAAACUCGAGAGAUUUUGUCAGCAGAUGAACAGGCCUGCAAAUUGUUUGAGUGCACCAGCAGUGAGGUGAUUGGAAAAAAACUUUCCUGUAUCAUGAAGAAAACCAGUCAGGUCCUAGAAGAAGCACUGGAAGAAGAUUUUCCACUUAUGGAUGGAACUGUUGCAGCUGUCUCUGGAAAAGUGGUGGAUAUUGUGACACCAUCUGGAGACGUACCAGUGUCGGUGUGUACCCUCAGACACUCACAAAAUGAAGAACAUCAUCUUGUCAUAAUGGAAAAUGUUGAAAGGGUAUCAGCCUGUCUGUCUUUUUCACAAGAUGGCAGCAUCCUGACCUGUGACUUGGCUUUUGCCCAGCUUCAUGGAUACCACCAACCCGAUGAGUUAAAAGGAGUGUAUAUUAAGGAACUAAUCCCUUCUUUACAAAUCCCCCUCCGCAGUAAUGCAUUGCCCAAAAUGCUGAGAGUACAGAGAGUGUGUGGUAAAAGCAGAAGUGGUGCAUCAAUCCCACUAUGUAUAAAACUCCAGGGGGAAGUGGUUUGUGGGAGGCCCCAGCACCAAAAAAAUGGAUCUGGCUGUAGCUGCCUAACAGACAGUCUUGAAAGAUCAGAUGCACACAACAAGCAGCCAUGCUCUCCUCUCACCCCCUCUGUGUGCAAGUCAGGAGGCUCAAACCCUGAACCCCGAGAGCAACUUCAAGCAAGAGAACCGUCCUCUGAAGUCAAAGUGGACAGCGUUGUUUUCUCCCCCAGCCCUUCACUGGAGUAUUCUGGAACAGUUUGGGUGUUUGCUCCUCUGAGCGGCCUCCUCCUGCUCCACCCUGAUGGCUCGAUCUACAGCAUCCACAACCACCUGGCUCUCAGUCUGUUUGGCUACAGCAAGAAGGAGCUGUUGAAAAAGAGUGUCACUUUUCUGAUGCCUGGUUUCUAUGAGUGGAUGUCUGACCCGGACAGAGAAGCCAACUCCUUCUCUGAUUCUCAGGCGGAGGAUUGUAAAAGUACAGCUUCAUCCAAAGUAUUAGGAAAGUCUGACCCUUUGUCACUGGUGGCUGGUGAUAUGGCCAUGGUGCAUCAUGCCAUCCUGGGAAGAACCUCCACAGGGAGGGGCAGGAUCUUCACUGGAACCAGCACCAUGCUGGAGAAACAGGGCAGUGCUUUGUCCACCCUUUCUCCUCCUGCUGUCACCUCCACACGUGUGAUUACAGUCAAUGACACCGCAGAGCUGUUGGAGGAGGCAGCUCAGGUUGCUCUUUGCCAUAGCAAACUAGACAGUGCAGAUACCACUCAGGCGCUCCUCAAGACAUUUGCCUUGGUUGAACCUCCAGAAGAACGCACCUGCUGCUUGUUUCCCACUGUACGACCGCAACAUAGCCAGCAGCUCAGCAGUGAGGUCCAUGAAAAUCGACAACCUGCCAUCAAAGUUAUUCCAGAGUCUCCCAGUCACAAUGGACAGGCUGCUGUCAGGAUGGGUGGCACCUCUCCAAAUGUAGACAAAGACAACCGCUCAUGUGCUUCUGUCCUCCAUGACUCCAGCUUUGAGGUCAUUUCACUGGAGAGCAGGUCUUCCUCUGGCUUCUGUGAAAAGUUUGCCGGCCAUGGUGUUUCUGAUCCAGGCCAGAUGGAGGACUCUCGCUCAGCACACAUUGUGAACUCAGCAAGCUGUUUCCUGGACCUCAACAGCAAUGGUGAUCUGGUGACCCGGGCCCUGGCUGACCUCGAUCUGAGCAGUAGUAUAGAGCUGCUUAGCGGUGGAGGGUAUAAUAGUGAUAACCAACACUCCUUGACAUCCUGCGAUACAGCUGAGCUCCUGCGUACACCCUCCCCAUGCGUGGUAGAGUCUGACCAGGAGGCAGAGGCCGUUGAGACUGGGAAUGCUGGCGUAGAAACCAGAGAUGGCUCAAGUGAAGUGCAAUUAGAAAAAGUCCAGGGUGAGCAGGAUCAGUGGGCAGCUUCAGUUCAAAAAGAACAGAGCCAGCAGUUCUGCGUGCAAUUGAACAGUGGAAUUCAGUCAAUGACAGACAUUCCUGCCACAUCUACUCCUAAGAAACAGAAGGUGAAUGAACAGACCCUUCCCGCAGACGGUACACAGAUACUGGAGGGUCGAUUCAAAGGAAGUGCGUACCACAGAGAUGGUACAAGAGUAGAUGUGCAGUGUGAUGUGUGCAGAACCACCCUCAUUGAUGGGCGCUCCAUGUUCUGUGUGUGGAUGAGUAGGACAGACCAACAGGGGGCACUGUUGCAAACAUAUCGAUCACAACACAACCAGUCACAGACCAGUCUAGGAGGGAGAAUUGGUGAGACCAGUCAUGGGGAGGCAUUACGCUCCACCAUGGACCUAGAGCAGUCUCAAGCCUGUGAUGGUCAGUUUGAAGAAGAUUACCUGCCCCUUAAAGCAGUGGGUAAAGGAGCCUUUGGCUUUGUCUGGAAGGCAAUAAGGCGCUGUGAUGGACAAGAAGUUGUAGUGAAGUUCAUUAGCAAGGCCAGGAUAGUGAGUGACUGCUGGGUAGAUGACCCCAUGCUGGGACGAGUCAGCCAGGAGAUUGCCAUACUGACACGAGUACAGCACCACAACAUAGUUAAGGUGUUGGAGGUCUUUGAAAAUGGGAGUUACUUCCAGAUGGUGAUGGAGAAACAUGGAGAUGGCUUGGACCUUUUUGAAUUCAUAGACAUGCAGCCAAGGCUGGAUGAACCUCUGGCCAGCUACAUCUUUAGACAGCUGGUGGCUGCUGUCUUCUAUCUGAGGUCUAAGAACAUCCUUCACAGGGACAUUAAAGAUGAGAAUAUCAUCAUCGACAAAUGUUUCUACAUUCGACUGAUAGACUUUGGCUCUGCUGCCAUGAUGGCUCCUGGCAAGCUCUUUUACAAUUUCUGUGGCACACUGGAGUACUGCUCCCCGGAGGUGCUUCAGGGAAAUCCCUAUGAGGGUCCUGAGCUGGAGAUGUGGUCUCUUGGUGUGUUGCUCUAUACUCUGCUCUUCAGCGAGAACCCCUUCUGUGGUGUGGAGGAAAUCCUGAAUGCAAAACUAAAGCCCCCAUUCCCGCUCUCCUCAGACCUUCAGGGUGUGUUAAAUGGGCUGCUACAGCCUGAUCCCACUCAGAGAAUGACUCUGGACCAGCUGCUGCUGCAGUCCUGGAUCAGCCAAUCCAUUUCCCUGUCAGACUACAGCUGGGCAGAGGUGGUCCCCACAACUCAGAGCUACUGCUCACCAGAGUACCAGGAGCCCGGUCCUAAAGUGUGUGUCAGGCACAGCUUGUUCCCAGAUCAGCAUGAUGAGACUCUUCCUGAUGAUGAUGAUGAUGAUGAGGAGGAGGAGGAGGAUGAUGACAGGCUGUCAAUGGUGGCUCUGGAAACAGAGCUUCAGAAGUACCUUCAUGAGGAUUAAAGACUGAACUUUUCUCCAACCAUCGAUCCAGCGUUUAAUCUGCAGCAGUGCAAAGAGGACAUGAAGUGCAACUUAAAAAAAAAGGGAAUCUUGUCAGA